AUUCGUCGCGUGUAUGCUGACGUUGGCGAUGUCUGCUGCCGCCCUCGCCAGUCCAGAUGCGCGCAUGUCCGGCUGCUACGACCGCCUCGCCGGCCGGCUGCUCGCACGCCUCCGCCUCGGCGACGCUGCGGCCACCUCUCCAGAGCGGCCGUGGUGGGUUGCCAUUGCUGGCGGCCCCGGAGCGGGAAAAUCGUCCCUCGCGAGCGCCGUCUGCGAGCGCGUCAACGCGGUCUCGCCCGGCGCCGCCGUCGUCCUUCCGAUGGACGGUUUCCACUACUCCCGCGCCGAGCUGCGCGCUCUCGACCCGCCCGACGCCGGCUCGCUUCUGCCUCGGCGAGGCUCGCCGUGGACGUUCGACGCGGAGGGGCUCUGCGCGUCGCUGACGCGCGCCAAGGCCGCGUCCGAAGGGAGACUACCCGUUUACUGCCGCGUCAAGUCGGACCCUGUGCCGGAUGGCGUGCAGCUGCUGCCUUCGCACAAGCUCGUGCUGGUGGAGGGCAACUACCUGCUGCUGGGCGAGGAGGAGGAGCGGUGGGCGCCGCUCCUGCCCCUGAAAUGUCUAGGAAGUGUCUAGCAAGUGUCUGGGAAGUGGCUAGGAGGGGUCUAGGAAGUGUCUAGGAAGUGUCUAGGAAGUGUCUAGGAAGUGUCUAGGAGGUGUCUAGGAGGUGUCUAGGAGGGGUCUAGGAGGUGUCUAGGUGGGCGCCGCUCCUGACCCUCUGGGACGAGAAGUGGUUUGUGGCAUGCGCGUCCGCAGAGGAGCGCGCGAUUCCCCGAGAGUCCCCGAGAGUCCCCGGGAUCCACCGAGAUGAUUCGAGAUUCCCCGAGAUGAUUCGAGAUCGGAGGCGUGUCGUGCGCAGAGGAGGCCAAUAUCUCGCGCACAUCUCGAGGCCCCACCCAUCACGCGCCGCCGUCGAGUCGCUGGUAGGAGCAGCGGCGGAGGCUGAUCUCGCGCCACCUCGAGACGUGGAACGAAGAAAAGGCGGCGCGCUGGGGAAGCGGCGAGGAGGGCGCUGCCGCGCGAGCGGACGCCAACGACGUGCUCAACAUGCAGAGGGUGGCGCCGACGGCGCGACUCGCCGACCUGAGGAUCGAAAGUUUGUGAGAAAGAAAUAAGAUGCGAAUGCGCGUGCUGCCGAGACCCGACUAAAGUCAAUUUAUGAUGUAACUUAUUCGGUGCCACGGCAUUCCGAAAGUGCAAGGCCCAGUGCGCGUGGCCGUGGGUUGAAGAGUAAAGGUACAUCUAGCGAGUGCGAGGAGACGGGAGACGCCUGUCCACACCGUGACCCCGGCGCCCCGCCGCCCCGGCCACCACUUUGUGUGUGUGCGGAGAAAUCUACCUUGCCUUACCUUAUCCUACC